GGCCAUGGUCAUAGCUACUUGACUGCCAGUGCUAGAACGGGAUUCAUCAGGCACGGCCUUGUGCCGGAGUGCGCGGCUAGCCCGGUCGGCUAGAUAAGAGAAUUGGCGAGACGUAUAAUUAUCGAAAAGACAGAUAAAAGCUCGCUAUGACGCAUCGCCGCAUUGAUGUUGCCUGUGCUCGCUUUUCAUGCUACACGACAAUGUCUCCACGAAUAGACGGCUUCUUCAGGUGGUGACGGCCGUCACUUACUGUCUACUCUCAGUUGGCAUCUGUUUUGGCUUUGCGGCGCUCAAGCCUAUACUCAUUGACUCUGGUGUCUACGCUGAUGAGUGUUCAAGGAAAGAUCCUGCACCGUGUGUUGCACAGGAGGUCAAGCUCAAUCUGCUAUUCACAUUCGCCGCUGUUUCGACCAAUGUCAGUUCUUUCCCGAUUGGUAUAUUGCUCGAUCGUUAUGGUCCUAGAGUCACUUCGAUCAUUGGUGCGUGUCUCAUGAUGCUUGGCACGAUCGGAAUCGCUGCGUCAUCUAGCUCAUUAGAUCUUUAUGCCGUUUCGUACGCGGUCCUGGCCUGCUCUGGUUCGUUUCUAUUGUUGUCUGCAUUCACCCUUGCGCCGGCCUUUCCGUCUAGUCAAGGCAUUAUCGUCAGUGGACUGACUGGAGCAUUCGACGCAUCCUCGGCAUUGUUCCUUAUCUACCGCCUUGUGUACCAGAACUUUGUCAAGGUCAGCAUCAGCAGAUUCUUUGCGGUCUACGCGGUUGUCCCUGCUGCCAUCCUUUUAGUACAGAUCUUGUACAUGUCCAAGACAGCUUAUGAAGUUCUGGAGACCAAGUUGCUGGUCGAACACUCGCCGCAUGAGAGCCAAUCGCUCUUGCACGGCGAAGAAGACCGGCAACAAGAUCCGUUGUUUGGCGUCAUGCACAAUCAGCCGACGUGGAGCAUCAUCACAUCUGGUUGGUUUCUGUUUCCAAUGAGUGUCAUGAUUGUCUCCCUCGUUCGUGUCAACUUUUAUAUUGCUACUGUUGGUGCUCAGCUGCACAUGCUACUACCGGAAGCACAGGCAGAUGCGCUCGCCACGUUCUUCGAUAUACUUUUGCCUCUCGGUGGUAUUCUUGCUAUUCCACUGAUUGGCUACAUCAUUGAUCAUUACACUAUUGUCACUGUCUACUCGCUGACAGCUGGUCUAGCAUCAAUUGUUGGCGUGUUGAGCUUCAUUCCCUUCAAAGCAGCACAAGUACUGCAUAUUCUUGCUUUUGUCGUGCUGAGACCGUGGAUCUACAGUAUUCUCCCAGGCACAGUUCUCAAGCUCUUUGGCAACGACAGGUUUGGUGUGCUCUACGGUGGAAUUAUGGCAACUGCAGGUCUCGUCAAUCUCAUCGCUCAUCCGCUUGAGCUCUGGACCUACAGCCGCUUUGGUGGGAAUUUUCGAUAUGCUGAUGCGCUACUCGUUUCAGUCAGUGUUGGCUUUCUGUUUGGUACUGUCGUGUACAUGCAACUUAAAUUCAGGAGCGUAUAGAAUGCCUGGAACUCUUUCUAGUCGGAAACUGGCUUCCCAUCUGAUUGUGGUCGGCGUUGAAUUUGCGGGGGAGCAUGCGCCACCUGUCAAUCUGAAACUGUGCCACAAGUCAGAUCGCCCAUCUCGACUCUCGAG